CAGUCGACAACUUCAGCCAACCACAGCCGAACACCCUUCAAUAUGUCCAACGUUCAGACCGGCAAGAAGCAGCGUUCGGCUAUCGCCGACGUGGUGACCCGCGAGUACACCAUUAACCUGCACAAGAGGACGCACGGUGUUUCCUUCAAGAAGCGUGCUCCUCGCGCUAUCAAGGAGAUCCGCGCUUUCGCUACUCGCGCCAUGGGCACCACCGACGUCCGCCUCGACCCCCAGCUCAACAAGAAGGUCUGGGAAGCCGGUAUCAAGGGCGUUCCUUUCCGCCUCCGUGUCCGCAUCUCUCGCAAGCGUAACGACGAGGAGGGUGCUAAGGAGAAGCUCUACUCCUACGUCCAGGCCGUCAACGUUAAGGAGCCCAAGGGUCUCCAGACCACCGUUGUCGAUGAGGAGUAAACGGGUGUUUCGUUCCUACCGGUUCUAGUUGGUUGAUACAAAAAUGAAUUCAAAAAUACCUCUUCUGUGACGGC